AAAGUAUAAUUGUCUUUUCUCUUCCUCUGUCAAUAAAUAUUUUUUUUCUCUUUGUUUACUUUUUUCAAGAAUUAAUUUAUUCUUAAUUUCUUCGAAAAAAUGCCUGCGAUUGCAUUUGGACGAUUCGACGACUCGUUCUGUUUCGCCUCGUUGAAGGCAUACAUAGCUGAGUUCAUCUCCACCUUGCUAUUCGUCUUCGCCGGAGUCGGCUCCGCCAUUGCUUACAACAAAUUGACUUCCGACUCCGCCCUGGAUCCGGCAGGGCUGGUGGCGGUGGCCGUCUGCCAUGGGUUUGCUCUCUUUGUGGCGGUGGCCAUCGCCGCCAACAUCUCCGGCGGCCACGUCAACCCCGCCGUCACCUUCGGUUUGGCGGUUGGCGGGCAGAUCACAAUACUCACCGGACUUUUCUACUGGGUUGCUCAACUCUUGGGUGCUGUUGUAGCUUCUUUUCUGCUCACAUUUGUCACCGGUGGUUUGGCUACUCCGAUCCACGGUGUGGGCGCCGGUGUCGGAGCCGUACAAGGAGUGGUGAUGGAAAUCAUCAUCACAUUCGCACUUGUCUACACGGUCUACGCCACCGCCGUUGACCCGAAGAAGGGCUCUUUGGGCACAAUUGCGCCCCUCGCCAUCGGCCUUAUUGUGGGGGCCAACAUUUUGGCUGCGGGCCCAUUUUCCGGUGGGUCGAUGAACCCGGCCCGAUCUUUUGGCCCGGCCGUCGCCAGUGGCGACUUCUCUGGCCACUGGAUUUACUGGGUUGGGCCGCUCAUCGGCGGCGGGCUGGCUGGGCUCGUCUACAGCAAUGUGUACAUUGGCCACGGUGAUCACGCACCACUUUCGAGCGAGUUCUAAAUUAAGUGUGUUAAUUAUGAUUUGAGUUUGUAAUUUAAUUCCCAUUUCUCUGUGGUUUGUAAUUUAAAGUCCUGCUUUUUUUUUUUUUUGAUUUGGUUUGAUUUGCAAAUGUAAAUGUGUUUGUUGGUCAAGGUGUAACGUUGCCUUUUCU